UUUACCCGGGCACGCUUUUUCCCCCCUUUUUUUUAAUUUUGACUUGCCCCACCAUCAUUGUUCUGCGUCCGUCUCCCCCACCUCGGCUCCCCGUCAUGGCCCGGAUGAACCGUCCUGCACCAGUGGAGGUCUGCUACAAAAACAUGCGCUUCCUCAUCACCCACAACCCCACCAACGCCACGCUCAGCACCUUCUUGGAGGAUCUGAAGAAGUAUGGGGCCACCACGGUCGUGCGGGUGUGCGAGGUGACCUACGACAAGACACCCUUGGAGAAGGAUGGCAUCACUGUCAUGGACUGGCCAUUUGAUGACGGAGCACCUCCUCCAAGCAAGAUCGUGGAGGACUGGCUCAACUUGCUGAAGACCAAGUUCUGCGAAGACCCCGGCUGCUGCGUGGCCGUUCACUGCGUAGCUGGCCUGGGCCGGGCUCCCGUCCUCGUCGCAUUAGCCUUGAUUGAGAGCGGCAUGAAGUACGAAGACGCCAUCCAGUUCAUCCGACAGAAGCGCCGAGGAGCCAUCAACAGCAAGCAGCUCACGUACUUGGAAAAAUACCGACCAAAGCAGAGACUCCGAUUUAAGGACCCUCAUAACCACAAGAACAAAUGCUGCAUCAUGUAACCUCAAUGACCUCUUGCCAAAAUUCGUGCACACAGACACAUGGGCACUCGCACGCGUCCCCCUCCGCCGCGCACCCCUCCUUCCACCCUGCUCACAGGCCCCGCUCCAGGCGUGCUGGCAGGGUCAGGGGGGCCUUGAUGGAGCACCACUGACAUGUCCUUGUAGCCAGGGCUCUCUUUUUUUCUGAAUUCCUCCCCAAGAAAGUCUGUCUCCACCCGCCGUGUCCCCAAGGAGAGGUGGCAGCACCGCCCUUGACUCUUGGCUUUAGCAGGCGAUGAGUUCACAUGGUGGUUCUUCAUCGCUCUCCUCCUUCCUCCUCCUCCUGUUUCCUUUCCCCUCCCUAGGAACCAGGAGCUGAGCCCUUUGCACCAACAGCACAUCCCUAGCAUGGAGAGAUGGGUCCCCACUGCUCUCCAUGGGCAUUGUGGAGCUCGAUUUAGGGUGAUGUGUGCCCAGCCCUGGCCAGGAUCACUCUGGGACCAUGGCCAGGGCUGUGCCGUGUAAGGAGGGACCGGGCAUCCCAAGGCAGGCAAAUCCUCUCCCCACCUCUUGCCCAUAAGUUAAAGCUGCGGGCCAGAGCCAUGGGAUGGUGCAGUGGUAUGGAGGGGAGCAAGAUGAUGAUGCAGGGAGGACCAAAAGAGGUUUCAGCAGAGUGACAGAUAAUGAGUCCUGCCAGCAUCAUUCCCUUUCUCCCAUUUCUCCCUACACCACUUCCCUGGAUUGGAGAGCCAUCCAGGGCACUUGUUCCUCCAGACCUUGCAGCAGUGAAGCCAGGGCCACUGGGAAGCAGAGGGACAAGGAUUGGAUAUGGAGGCCCCUGUUUUUGCCGGGGUCAAUACUGUGUCCCCAAAGCUUGAGGUUUUCUUAUUUAUAGCUUCCAGAUGCAAUACACAACAUUGAGGCUUCUUUCGGGGUGGGCUGGGGACCAUUUGCUGCUUGUCUGGGGGUAGCAGAGCUGUCACAGUCCCUGGCCAGCUGCAGCUCCCACAGCACCAUCUGUCCCAGCUAAUCUUGGGACCAAAUGCUGCAGGGCUUUGGCUCGCCAGGGCCUGGGAUAGGUCUCAUUUGGGACGUUUUUUCCAAACCCAGGGUGAAAGGAGAGCAUCCCUGCCUCUCCUCCACCUCCUGUCCUGCCCUCAGCACUGCUGCUUGCAUCCUGGAGUUGAGUCCAGCAGGUCUUUGUGGGACCGAGCAGUGCGUAUCCUAGAUUCCCAUGUAGUCCCCAGGGAGGGACCUCAGAGCAAACCCCGCUUCUGGCUGACGAUGCCCUGUGAGUGCAAAGCACCUCUGGGCACGUCCAUGUCCUCCACUAUUGGCAUUGGUGCUUGCUGCCCACAGGCUUGGGGCUCCAGCUCCCACGGGGAUAUAUUUUUGGGGAAUUUGCUCCCAGCAAGUGCCCAUCAUUGAAUUUGCACCUGCCUUUUCCCUGCCCCGUGGUAUCAGUAACACAGUGUGUUGCUCUGUCAGUGCCCGGCACCCCCAAGCCCCCAGGUUGUGCUCUGGGGUGGAUGCAGAGCAGCACCUGAGCCAGGACAUGCAAUGUCUCUCCACCUUCUGCCUUUGAAUGCUUUCAGCAGCUGGAGCGGUGGGCACAUAGGGGGUUUGGGAGCGGUUUAUCUUCUGAUGAGGGUGAAAAGAAAUUUGCUAAUUAAAGGAAAAGAAAAACUAUUUGUCUUCCACAUGUCCUCUGGCCUUUCUUUUUCCCACCUGUGUAGGGGACCAAGUGGACAGACAGCACAGACUUCCAGCAAGGGGAAGGGAAGGGGAGAGAUGGCCCACUAGACAGACUGCAAGGUUGAAGCAGGCUUGCAGGUCUGAUCAAGGCAUGCUGAGGAGCCAAUGGAUGCCCUGGGAAUCCUUGGGACUCUCCUGUCAUUCACCCCACAGCUGCAGAGGAUUGCAAGGACUGGGGCGUGCAGAAGGCUAGGGGCUAGUCCUCAAGCAUCUUGUGGGUUCAGGCUGCCCACAUUGAGGUGCCUUCACUAGUGGGUAUCUCCAUAAUGUUUGUGUGCUUUCAGAAGCGUCAAGGAUCUGGAAACACUUGCUUCAGAGGAUUCUUGGGAGCUGCCAGGACUCUGGCGCUGCUGGGGGGAACACAGCAGUCGCACUGGGUGCUUCACCACCCCCUUCCUGCUGCUAAAAGAGGUGCUCUAGGUGCUGCUCCAUCCCCAGCAGUGGCUAAAGAUCUCUCAGCAUUGCCAAAGGAAGAGCCUCAAUUCUUCCCAGCCAGGAAACCUCAUGUCUCUCAUGUGCUCCCUGGUCAUUAAAGGCAGUACCUUGACUUGCAGAGGGUUUGAUGCUGCUGGCGGUGGGAACCAUUGCUUUGCAUGCCUAGAAGUCUCUGCUUGAGAGCACACUACCCUGUCAGUGUAUGAAAAAUGAAUAGGCAGUAAAUGAUGCAGCAGGAUCCUGGGAUAAUGCAGAUGAGGCUAACGUCCCCCAAAAAUGUCAAUACACUUUUCAAUCUUGAUGUUCCUCCCUUGUCAUGUCCUCUUUUCCUUCCACCUGGCCCAUUUGCAUGAGCAACCCUAUGAGUUCAGUCCCAUGAAGUUGAGCUGUAUUUGCAGGGGCUUCAUUGUAGCCCUUCUUGCAAGUUUGAACCUCCUGCAAGGAUGGGGUAGGAAGGCCAUGGGUCUCACAUCUCCGUAGCUUCUGUCACUCCCUCAACAAGACCUGUAAAGAGGCCUCAUGCAGAGGCACCCACAGGCGGGUCUCCAAGUCCAUCCUCCUCCAACAGUCCCUCAGCUGAAGAGUUUGUCCUCUUUUUUUUCAAAUUUAAGCUCUCGAGUACUUUGAUUUUGUUGAUAUGGCCUUGGAUUCCUACCUCUGAGGAGCCAGCUUUGGAGGUUUUCAGUCCAGAAAGAUUUAGAGGAAACACAAAAAGCUACAUCUGUUUUUCUGUUUGUUUUCCAACUGAGUUUUGAAUUAGAAAUCCCAAUGAGCUCCAUUUCUUCACAAAAGUCUCAGAACAGCGAGAAAAGUAGAAGCCUGACAGCACUGUAGACACAGAGCGCUGGAAUGAGGCCGAAGCAAUCAAAGCCUUCAUGUAUGGGCUGGUUAUCAGAUCUCUGAACGUGUAUGUUAAUCCCUACCUUGCCUCAGAUGCCAAGACAUGUUGAAAGGAGAAAUUACUGCUUUAAAAAUGUGACAUACUUGCCGAUUCAGUAAUUCCUCCAAUGACUCUUGACUUCUUCCUUGACUCCCAGGAAGACCAGGGAACUGACACCCCCAUGGCUUUGACUACAGACAAACCACUGUUUCCUGCCUGUAUCAGAAGAAGCCAAGGUCCAAGGACAUUGCUUCUCAUCCCUAGCCACCUCCCUCACCCAUCUCAUGAAAACCCCACAUCUUUCAAAAAAUAUGCGGGGACAGAGCUCCAAAUUGUAGCAAGUCCCUUGGAAAUGCAAGAGAUGGCAAAGCAGAAAUUAACUAUUGCUUCAACCAAGAGCUAAUAGGGUUUUGUAGGGUUUGCCAAGGAAGCAGAUCAUAGCUGAACUUUGUGCAGAUGGUAAACAUCACCAGGA